AUGAUAGAAUCAACAGCAUGGAAUUCGAAAAAGGACGAAACCAUAUACAAAGCGGCUGGCUCGAUACAUCUGCGAAAGUAUGGUCAGUUUUUUGAUCAUUUGGCAGUGAAAACUUGGAAGGCCGAUUCCACAUUGGAGUAUUUCAUGGAAGGUCCUUUGCGGCUGGUAUAUAAACCCGUCGAAGAUGUUAGUCUUAUACAUUUAAUAGAGAUAAAGAAUAAAUUCUUAUCAAAAUUACUUGCCACUGUAGCUGGCACUUGCAGAGAAAUCAGACUUCUCGAAAUAGAAGCCAAGUCCUUCUACAAAAAAUUAUUUACACAUGGCGAAAGGGACGUGGAAAAUAAUCAAAAGAACAUUACGUCCCUCCUUUCCGACUUGCAAGAUCUAUACGUGUUUGUGAAUAGAGUAUCGGUUGUUGCGCAUCUAACAACGGAACAACUAUCCAGCUUAGCUGGUAACUCUAAUGAAGUCUAUCUACCGGUACUGAUAGAGCAUUUUAUUGAUCUGUUUGUAAUUGUGCUAACAUUGGAUGAAAUCAUUGAAUCUCAGCCAUCGCUGUUGGAACAAUGGAAAAAGUACAGAAUGCAUGUACGUUCUAUCAUGCAUAGUCCAUCGCAGUUUGGUAUAGUGGAAUCAAAGCUUCACACGUUUGAUAAAUUAUUGAAGGACUUGCAAGAAAAUUUGUUAAAAAAGGUCAUAUUUUCCAAAGUAAUAGAACGAGUGAUGGAGGUGGGUAAAGGUCCUCUGAUGAGCGAGCAGAUUACUAGUUACCUGAAAAAUCUGAUGGCAGACAUAGAAAACAAAUCUGACAGCAGAGCAACAUUGAACAAGAAUUGGAUCAGAGUAAAUAUUGGUAUUGCUGUACUGAUGAAACUGUUUGGUACAUGCGAUAAGAGAUUACUUAAACGAAUACUAGAGAAUAACAAGAAGAUUUAUGCUGUUACUCUGAUUGGAAAUGUAAUAUGGACACCCAAUAAAUUUUUAAGCGAUUUCCUGCCAAAGGAAGCUGGCAAUGCUAUCGGUUCGCAAAUAGGAGAAAAGUUAUUGUCCUCUAGAACUCAGAAAUUGUCUCAAACAGUGAACAAUUUAAUUCACAGAGCCGUAACGUGGUCCUCUGAACUACAGACUAUUUCAAUGAAGACUAGUCUGCAAGUUUCAGACAUUGGGCAUAAACAAUUUCUGUUGGUAGAGUUAGUUAUUUUGCUGUCUCAAAUUAAAGAAACUGUAUCCUUUGUAAUGAACAUGCAUGCUGCGCUUAUUAAACCAAUGAAUCGUAAUACUGUUCAGUUGAUCUGCAGGCUGAUAGAAGUGCAGAAGUGUUUGCAGAAUACAUUUUAUAUGUUUGGACCAGUUAUAGUGCAAUCACAGAGCCAGGUAUUACAAUACCAGAGUUAUUACAUUUUAGCUACGUUAGAGAACGCACGGAAAAGUUUAAUACAAAAGGAUAAAGGCUACAGUAAAGAAAGAUUGGACAGUUUGUCCCUCAUAAGUUUGAGUAUGAAGCUAUUAAACGGACCGGCGAGUGCGGAUAGAAGAUUGCUAACCAGAUGUGCGUUAGCAUGCUCUAGUCAAUUAACAGAUACGUUCAAAGAAGAGGACGUGCUGAAAUUACGAUAUUUGUUAGACAAUUACGAUACUGUUGCUGAUAUGCAUAAUAUUAUCAAUGAAAUCUGCGAUUAUUCCAUAUUGUUGCAUCAUCAGAACAUAAUUCCUGCUUACUUCUCUUCCGUGACGGACAGUAAUUUGAACAUAAGUCAUGUUGUUCAUCUGUUCGGUGCAUUUAACAGCACCAUCAGUGAACAGGAAGGAUUGGAUUUAAAGGAGAAAAGGAUCGCCCAGUUGAAGGAGAUGUUAACCAAGAACGUAUUGGAACCUGUCUGCCAAGAAAUUGAAAUAAACUUAAGACUUCACGUUCAUGCGCAUUUAAAGAUGGAUUCUACUAAUCCAUUUAAUAUCGGAGCAAAGGAUGGUGGAAGAGUGGUGGAAUCGUUGCCGUUACCUCUAGCCAACAGUAUGAUAUAUGCGAAAAGGUUUAUCGAGCAUUACCUCGACAAUAUGUUUUAUAAUCUCACUACGGUGGCUCUGCAUGAUUGGAGAACCUACAGAAUGAUGCAUGCCCUCGCUCAUUACAAGCUGAACCUUGACACUGUACAAAAUCACCUGCCUACGCAGACCUUGGAGCAAGGUCUCGACGCCUUAGAGAUUAUGAGAAACAUUCAUGUGUUUGUCUCAAAGUAUUUGUACAAUCUGAAUACGCAAACGUUCAUCGAACAUACCAGCAGCAAUAAACAUCUGAACACCAUUGGAAUUCGACACAUAGCAAAUUCUAUUAGGACGCAUGGGACUGGUAUCAUGAGUACAACAGUGAAUUUUGUGUAUCAAUUUCUUCGAGUGAAGCUGCACACUUUCUCACAGUUCCUUUUCGAUGAACACAUAAAGUCAAGACUGAUGCGUAACAUAAGGUACAUCAAGGUCCAAAGAGAGAAUGGUGCAACACCUUACGCCUAUGAAAGGGCAGAAAAAUUCCAGAAAGAGAUCAGAAAGCUGGGUAUGACGCCGGAUAGUCUGAGUUAUUUGGAUCAGUUUCGACAGUUAAUUACUCAGAUUGGAAAUGCAUUGGGGUACGUACGAUUAAUCAGAUCAGGUGGAUUACAUGCUAGUUCGAAUGCCAUUUCUUUCUUGCCAGACAUCAACUCCUCUGUGUCGUUUGUAUCGAUAUGCAAGAACUUGAAUUACAGCACCAUAACACAAGCUGCUGCGAAGUGCUUAGAAGAUGAUAUAGGAAAUUUGGUGCGGAACUUUACAAAUGGUAUACAAUAUUUCAAACUGCUUGUUGAUGUGUUCGCGUCUGCGUUUAGGGACACCGAGUCCCAUCACUUGCAACAAUUUUAUGCCAUUGUACCGCCGUUAACAUUAAGCUUUGUGGACAACUCGAUAUCGAACAAGGAGAAAAUGUUCAAAAAGAAUCAAACCGGUGCAGGAUUUACCGACGAUGGUUUUGCAAUGGGAAUCGCUUACAUAAAUGCCCUUUUGAAUCAGUCAUCGGAAUUGGACAGUUUGCACUGGUUCAAAACAGUCGAAGAGCAUUUAAGUAUGGAAAAACAAGCAGCGGGAAAUAAAAAUGAUCAUGGAGAUGAAAAAUUGCAACAGACAAGGGCGUUAACGUUAAAACGCCUGAAAGAGAGAAGUGCUGAGUUCCAGUUACUCUAUUACAGCUUGUCCGGUGCAAGAGUAUUCUUCAAACAAUCUGACACGUAA